UCCUCUAAGCUGGUCUGUCAACCACCAAUAAACACCAAAGAAGAAGUAGAAGAAGAAGUUCGACGUCACACGGGCCUACUGUGACGUCACAUCCGCAGCAACCGUUUGCAUUUCGCGCACGAACUGAAGUGUCGUCGUCGUCGCGCUCCACCAGAUUCAGAGAGUUUCACACCGAGCAGGCAACCAUGGCUAACCAAUCAAUGGAAAUCAUAACAAAGGCCUUGGAGUAUUCAGCCAUGCUGGCGGAGGAGAAGGUGGAUGCACAGUUGAGCAAACUGAAUGAAAUGGAUGAAGAUGAUCUGGAAAGACUGAAGGAGAGACGACUAGAGGCGCUUAAAAAGGCCCAGAAACAGAAGCAGGAGUGGCUGUGUAAAGGCCAUGGAGAGUACAAAGAAAUCCCAAGUGAGAAAGACUUUUUCGGCGAAGUCAAAGAAAGCAAGAAUGUUGUCUGCCACUUCUACAAAAAUUCCACCUUCAGAUGUAAGAUCGUCGACAAACACUUGGCCAUCUUGGCAAAGAAGCAUGUUGAGACCAAAUUCAUCAAACUGGAUGUGGAUAAGGCCCCGUUUCUGACAGAGAGGCUGCGGAUCAAGGUUAUUCCUACGCUGGCUUUGCUAUUAGACGGAAAAACAAAGGACUAUGUGGUGGGAUUCACUGACCUAGGAAACACAGACGAGUUUACCACAGAGAUGCUUGAAUGGAGACUCGGCUGUGCAGAUGUUAUUAACUACAGUGGUAACCUGAUGGACCGUCCUACAGGGACACAGCGGUCGGGCACAAAGUUCACAAAGGUGGAGAAGAAAACCAUCCGAGGGGGAGCCUUAGACUCAGAUUCUGAUUCUGGAGAUGAAUGAAAAGCACCGACAGUCGUCUGGUUUUCUCUCUCAGGGCUACCUCUUUAAAAUCAAAAACAAAAGUUUAGCAGACAGCCCGCUUUAUUUUUUCUUCUCCCCUUCUCUCAAUGACUUACCCAUUUUCUACAGAUUUCCAUAUUUUAAUUUACCAUAUCUCAAAUCAAAUUGUUUUCUAAAAGCAUUUUUUGUUUCAGCCUUACUUAAUGAAUUGUCUGCCAUGUUUUAUGUUUGAAUAACUAAAAAAUGGCACACGUGCACUUCAAGAACAAGGAAACUUGUAGAGGAUUGUGCAGGUUUGUCUCUUUAUUGACUAAAACCUUGAAGCUUUGUCUUGAAGUACAGGUGUGCUCAUUUAGGCAGUGCUGUUUAUUUCAUGUGUGUCCUUGUAACCGUCUGAUUUUUAGAACAGAAAUACAUACAUAUAGAACAUAAUGCACGAUUACCAUCAUCUUUUAGCAUCAAUACAUUUUUACACGACAUUACCUUGUAGCAAGAGUUUGACUUGACUCAAUAAAUAAAAUUGACAAAAUUCAUUUAUU